AAAUCAUAACUUUUUCUUUGUGAUUCUCGUUUACGAUACGAUAUUUGUGUUUUAUCGUGGUUGUUGUCUGUUUAUGUGCUAAUUUUUAAACGAUAAUGCCUGUUAUUUCUAUUCGUUUUUAUUUUUUAUCGUGAACUGGAGACUUCAUUGUGAAAUUAAUUGUAUAAAGUUCAUGGUAUUACGAAAUUUCUUGGAAAAAUCUAUCUAUCUAAACAUCCGCGAAAAAGGAGGCUUAAAGAAGCUGAAUUGUGACACAAAAAAAUGAUUAAAAUGAAAAACAUCAAAGCGAUAUUUCGUAGAGGGCCAUCGCAAACUUCCUCGAAAAACGAAACUUCUGUUCAGCAGUUAUCAGCUCAUUCAACACAGGACGAUUUAUCUCGUUCUUCUUCCACAAAUAAUCUCAAUUCACUCGAUUCAAGAAGAACUGCAGCGGUCAUAAGAUCUAAGAAGUCUCUCUCCAAAGAAAAAUUGGAGAGAUUUAACGACAGAGAAAAUGACACCAGCGGUUUAAGCAGUAGCCGGUCUGAACCUGAGGUAGAAGUUGCUGCAAUUGAUGAAGUUACUAUUUGCGAAAUCGAACAAUUGAGAUAUCAAUUGAAGGACAUGGCAAUAGAAAAGUCAGAACUCACAUUAGAACUGGCUGAAAGUAAGAAUCAGUUGCAAUUAUUGAAAAACGAAGUUAUUAAGUUAAAGACGUUUCAAGACCAAUCCAAUGUACAUAUUCAGCAAUUAAAUGAAGAAAACGUAGCCCUUCGAAAUAGACUUAGGGACGUUGCUCAUUCCCCUUUGUCAGACAAUGAGAAACAGAUGCUUUUGGAAAGUCACAGACACAGUUCAGCACCUGCUUCCAUUGCCACAAAUGUGGUUGACGAGAACGCGACCGCUGGAGACGUGACCACAUGUACCACUCCAGAAUGGGACAAAUAUUCGAGCAGUAACGUGAGCGAAGUAUCUGUUGCCUGUUUACAAGAUAAAAUUAACCAAAUGCAAGAGACUCAUUACAGUACUAACGAGGAGUUGCAAGCUACUCUGCAAGAGUUGACUGAUUUACAGAGGCAACUGACAGAACUUCAACAGGACAACGAGCGACUGUUGGACGAGAAAAAUUUAAUGUUCGAUUCGUUAUGUCGCCAAACUGAACGUCUGAACAAUGCACGGACCGAAGUCGAAUCGCUAAGACAACUUCUUUGCAUAGAUAAGGAAAACAUCCCCGAUCAGUUCGAGAGUAUUGUCGAUAGGGAGCAAAAGUUGGUAGAUCUCCUUAAAAAAGGGCAACAAGAACGCGAAACGUUAUUAGUAAAGUUGGAGCAAUUGAAUAACGAAGUGCAGGAGUUACGAACCCUUAAUCAUUCCCAAAUACAGACGAUAGAGCAACUAACAGAGCGGGUGCGAACGCUCGAGAGCAGCUUAGAUGCGAAACAUGCAGAGCAUCGACAACUCGAUAAGGAAUUGGCAAUGGUAAAGGAUCUAUGUAACGUUCGACAAAUUGAAAUCGAUAGACUGACCGGAUUACUCGACAACGCAAAAACUAAGAUCGGCGAAAUAGAGCAGGAGAGGGCGCUCAACGACAAAUCGGAAUUGGAUGAACUAUUGGAUAAUGUGCGCAAAGAAAAGGAUACGUUGGAGUGCGAAGUAGCUAAUCUUAAGGAACAAGUGGCAUAUAGCAAAAACGAAUCGGAAAAACUUAGAGAACAAGUAUCUAUUCUACAAGAAGAGUGUAAGGUUUCAAGAAACAACGCUAAGUGUACCCAAGCUGAACUCGAAUAUAAAUGCGAAUUAUUAACUUUGGAGAAAAAUAAUCUUACCGAUCAACUGCAUCAACUUCAGGAAGCCGCUAACGAGCUUCAAGUGCAAGCGCAAUGCCACGUAGAAGACAAACGUCAGUUAUCAUCGGUUUUGUCGGAGACUCAAAGAAAUCUUAGCGAAACAGAAAAACGGAAUGCUGAUCUUGAAAACGAAAUUGAGGAACUAAAGAGGAUGAGACGGGAGGAGAACGAAGAGUGGGAGAAAUUUCAAAACGAUCUUCUCACGUCGGUGCGUGUGGCGAACGAUUUUAAGAGCGAAGCUCAACAGGAAUUGCAAAAGAUGAUAAUGGAGAAUAAAUCACACAGAGAAAGGGUUCGACAGUUGGAAGCUCAACUAGACAAACUGAAAGUAACGAACGAAUCUUUACGACCGAACUCGUUUCCGGGUGACGAUUUAUCGUCGACAAAGCAAAAAGUGAUCCUUAAUCGCCAAAAUAGUCGACAGUCCGUUAAAUCAUUGAUCGAAAGCAUCGAAAAUGCCGGAAAGCCUGUAAUUAAAUCUAGUUUCAGUACUAAUUCACGAAGCAGUUCGGACUCUUCUUUGAAUUCGUUAAGUGCGGAUGCGCAUACCCCUUCUAGUCCAGCCCCGUUGAGUGCCACGUCCUCGAUUUUGUCACCCAGCUCAAAUUUAAAAAUGAGCAACGAAUGGAACGAUUCAAAAACCCAAUUGAAGGAACAACAAACGAGAGACUGGUCUAAAACCAUAAUUACCGCCGGAGACUUGGCAAAAAACGGUAUAAAUGGGAAAACAGAGGAAAGUUUAAGGGAAACAAUUUUACAGACCGCUAAAGAGAUUGAUUUUUCAAGGCGCAAUAGUUACUCAGAUUUGUGCGAAAGAAAGGACCCGUUGAAUAGUCUGGUGAAGAACGGCGGUUCGAAACGUAAUGCACUGCUCAAAUGGUGCCAAAAUAAAACAAUCGGCUAUAGAAACAUUGAUAUUACAAACUUCAGCAGUUCGUGGAACGAUGGUUUGGCGUUUUGUGCAAUUAUGCACACUUAUUUACCCGAUAAGGUACCCUACGAUACACUGGCACCCAACGAAAAGAAACGAAACUUCUCGAUUGCUUUCGCAGCUGCCGAAAGUGUUGGCAUACCAACUACAUUGAAUAUAAACGACAUGAUUCAAUUAGAAAGACCGGACUGGCAACAAGUGAUGGCUUANCAAAAUUUCCAUCUAUGUAAUGUCACAUUAUUAGUUUUAUAA